GUGGGGUGUGUAGACAAAAUCAGUAACAACUUAAUAGUAGGAAACUCUUUUAAAGAUGUCAUCAACGGAAGGAGCCCACACAAAGUGGGGAGUUCUGAAACAGAAACUUGGGCCUCAAGACCCCGACCAGAUUGAGGGUAACCUGGAGAAUGCAGACCCAGAGCUAUGCAUCCGUCUCCUGCAAAUCCCUUCUGUUGUCAACUACUCUGGCCUUAAAAAGCGCCUUGAGAGCAGUGAUGAUGAGUGGAUGUGUCAGUUCCUGGAGCUUAGUGGACUGGACCUUUUACUUGAGGCACUGGACAGACUUUCGGGGAGAGGUGUAGCCAGGAUCGCUGAUGCUCUCCUCCAACUGACCUGUAUCAACUGUGUUCGAACACUUAUGAAUUCACACAAGGGCAUUGAAUAUAUAGUCAACAACGAAGGUUAUGUCAGAAAACUCUCUCAAGCUCUGGACACAUCCAAUGUGAUGGUAAAAAAACAAGUGUUUGAAUUGCUCGCUGCAUUGUGUAUCUACUCCCCAGAAGGUCACGCCUUGUGUUUGGAUGCACUGGAGCAUUAUAAGGUUGUUAAGAAUCAACAAUACCGGUUCAGUGUCAUAACGAAUGAAUUGUCAUCGUCUGAUAAUGUUCCCUACAUGGUUACACUGCUCAGUGUCAUUAAUGCCAUUAUUUUUGGCACAGAAGAACUGCGGAAUCGCGUACAACUCAGAAAUGAAUUCAUAGGCCUCCAGCUGCUGGAUUUGUUAACCAAGCUAAGAGACCUGGAGGAUGAAGACCUGCUGAUCCAGGCUCUUGUGUUUGAGGAAGCCAAGUCUGAAGAUGAGGAAGAACUGCUCAAGAUAUAUGGAGGGAUUAAUAUGAACAACCAUCAGGAGGUUUUCUCUACAUUGUUUAAUAAAGUAAGCUGUUCACCAUUAUCAGUGCAGCUUCUAUCAAUUCUGCAGGGACUCUUACAAUUGGAUCAAUCUCAUCCUACCAGUCCCCUACUCUGGGAAGCCUUGGAAGUUUUGGUCAACAGAGCUGUCUUGCUUGCAGAUGACUGCCAAAAUAAUAACGUUGAAGAAGUCAUGGACAGGCUUGUAACUUCAAAGAAACUUUCAAGUAAAGAAAAGAGAAAAACGGACAAAUGUACUAAUAAAGUGAAUAAAAGCAUUCAAACAGACAAGCCCAAAGAAGAGUCGUGUGAAGGCAAAACUGUUAAAAAAGAUCCUGUGAGUUCUGGAAUCCCAGCAGACUCUCUUCAGUUAUUGGAUGCUUUACUGGCACCUCCUACUAAAGAGGAUUCCCCUGCUUGCAUUACACCACUACAUACCCACUUAUCUGGGGAGCUCACAUGCUCUUCUGUUUUACCUUCUCCUCCUUCCCCUUUAGUACCUAAUGCUGAUGAGCGAAUUAGCUCAUCAUCAUCUCCUCUACCCCCGCCUCCUCCCCCAUUGCCAGGUACUGAACUGUCUCCACCUCCCCCUGGUAUGGUUGCAUUGUCUCUGCCUCCUCCUCCUCCGCCUCUACCUGGAAUGGGGGGCAUGCUUCCUCCACCACCUCCCCCUCUGCCUGGAAUGGGGGGCAUGCUUCCUCCACCACCUCCCCCUCUGCCUGGAAUGGGGGGCAUGCUUCCUCCACCUCCUCCUCCUCUGCCUGGAAUGGGGGGCAUGCUUCCUCCACCUCCUCCCCCUCUGCCAGGAAUGGGGGGCAUGCUUCCUCCACCUCCUCCUCUGCCUGGAAUGGGGGGCAUGCUUCCUCCACCUCCUCCCCCUCUGCCAGGAAUGGGGGGCAUGCCUCCACCACCACCUCCUAUGCCUGGCAUGGGAACUUUCACUGAUGAAGUAGUGGUUGCUCGAGUGGAUUAUUCCUUAGGAUAUUUACCUAAAGCUUUUCUCAAGGUGAAUAAACCAACCUUAAAAAUGAAGAAACUUAAUUGGCAGAAAAUUCCACCAAAUGUGAUCAAAGACAGUCACUCUAUGUGGGCAUCAGCAAGUUCCAUUGAGGAUACAGUAGAGCCCAACUACUCCAGUAUAGAACAACUAUUUUGCCUCCCACAAGCAGCUGUUAAGGAAUCCGCUGUCCCUGUAAAGAAACCCCCAAAAGAGAUUACCUUCUUAGAUUCCAAGAAAAAUCUGAACUUGAACAUUUUUUUGAAACAGUUCAAAUGUCCCAAUAAAGAAGUAAUUGAGCUAAUUGAGAAAGGAGACCGUUCCAGAUUUGACAUUGAGAUCUUAAAACAGUUUCUCAAGCUGCUUCCAGAAAAACAUGAGGUGGAAAACCUGAAAUCCUACCAGGAAGACAAAGCCAAAUUAUCAAAUGCUGACCAAUUUUAUCUACUUCUCUUGGGUGUUCCUUGCUAUCAGCUUCGAAUUGAGUGUAUGCUGAUAUGUGAAGAAAUAAACCUGAUGAUCGAUAUGAUUCGUCCCAGAGCAAAAGUAGUUAGUAGUGCAUGUGAUGAUAUAAUAAGCAGCCACAGACUUCCACUCUUCUGCCAGCUAAUCCUGAAAGUGGGAAACUUUUUAAAUUAUGGAAGUCACACUGGAAACGCAAAUGGGUUCAAAAUUAGCACUUUACUAAAACUGACGGAAACUAGAGCCAAUCAGACUCGAAUAACUUUGCUACACCAUAUUCUAGAGGAGAUUGAGCAUAAUCACACAGACCUUCUUCAGCUUCCAACUGACCUUGAAAAUGUAUCAACAGUAGCUGGCAUUAAUAUUGAGAAUAUGUACACAGAAACAAGUGGGAAUUUAAAGAAAUUAAGAGAUCUGCAGAAUAAAAUUGCUACGGCAGCAACUGAUGUCAAGGAGCAGUACGAAAAAUCCAUUCAGGAUUGCAUGGAUACAUUGAAAGAAUUAGAAGAACAGCUGACAGAUAUUUCCCAAAAGAAGGUUAAACUCGCUGAUUACUUAUGUGAGGAUCCGACCAAGCUGUCGUUGGAAGAAACAUUCAGCACUAUGAAAGCUUUCAGGGAGUUGUUUCUCAAAGCCAAGAAGGACAAUAAAGACAGAAAAGAGCAGGCUGUUAAAGCUGAAAAAAGAAAACAACAGAUUGCAGACGAAGAAACCAAAAGACAAAAAGGAGAGAACGGAAAAAUAAUUCGGAAAGGAGCUGCCAAGCUUGAAGAAGGCUGUAUCAUUGAUGAUUUGCUGGCUGACAUAAAGAAAGGUUUCCAGUUGCGCAAAACUGCUAAGACUAAGACAAAAGCUGACGCUUGUCCAAAAACCCUAAGCAGUGAGACAAACCGCACAGAUAUUCAACAUGUUGGUAAGAGACCAGAAGUUCCCCCCGUACACCCACAGCGUAAGAUUAUUAUUCUGAAAAGGCAAUAGAGGCUUUGUCUCCUUGCAAUGGACUGUGCUCUUUCUAAACCGCAUGUGCAAAUUUCUGCUUAUUUCUUUAGGGAGUGUUUUGUGUAUAUAUAUUUUUUUGAUUUUUUUUCUUUUGCUGUUAAUUUUAACACUAACCCUGCGAUAUAAAGUGCACGAGUUGCAUGAACUGACUGUACUUUUAAUUGCAGAAAGCUAAUCCUCCAGCCAUAAAAGCACUUUAGCCUGCAUGAAGAGACUUCCAAAGUUUGUCAAUUUAGGAACUUAUUUGGUUGUGCUCAUGAAGUAAGUGAAGAUAAAUGAUUCAUGAGUGUUUUCAUUCUAAAAAUACAAUUUUGGUAAAAAAUAUUUAGAAAAGGAUCCUGAUCAUGUUUGCACUAACAAUGACGCAGGGUCGCAUAAAAAAAUGAGUUCAGUGAUGGUGUAUAGUAUUUAUGAAAAAUGUUUUUGUUCUUCAUUUGUUCAAAAUGAGAAAAAUCUCCUAUGCAAGCUAAGGAAUAAAACUUGAAUGAUUUGGCUA